AAAGUGGCUUGCAUCGGAUGGGCUGAGAUCAGAUGCCUGAAAUAAGGAUCCUCAAGUUCUGGGCUGUGCUUAAAACUCAGAAGGAGGUAGAGUCCUCAGAGAAGAAGCAAUGUGGCAGAGAGACAAAGAGCCCACCUAACAGAUCUCAAGAAACCUGCCUCAGUGGCCCACUGCCCACCCUGCCCAUGAACCUGCUGCUGAGUCCUGGACCUGCCUCUUCACCACGUCCCAUCACCUGGCAGUGCUUGCAAAGAGAAGGCAUGGGGACUCCUCCACCCAAGGUGAAAGGGCCCUGGACCCACCUCCAGAAACUUCUGACCUCAUGGAUGUUCAGAGAGAAAGACUGGGAUCAGCGUCUGGAUGAGGCCCACAUGCUGCAACAGAAGAGGAUUCAAGAAUCUCCACUACUUCAGGCUGCCAAGGCCAAUGACCUGUGUGUCUUAAAGAAACUUCUGCUGGACAGAAGCUGCGACUUUCGGCAAAGAGGAGCCCUGGGAGAGACAGCACUUCACAUAGCGGCCCUUUAUGACAACCUGGAGGCUGCCAUGGUGCUGAUGGAGGCUGCCCCGGAACUGGUCUAUGAGCCCACCCUGUGUGAGCCAUUUGUAGGUCAGACUGCACUGCACGUGGCCAUCAUGAACCAGAAUGUGAACUUGGUACGAGCCCUGCUCGCCCACGGGGCCAGUGUCUCUGCCAGAGCUACAGGCACAGCUUUCCACCUCAGCCCCCGCAACCAUAUCUACUUUGGGGAGCACCCUUUGUCCUUUGCUGCCUGCGUGGGCAGUGAGGAGAUCGUGCGUCUGCUCAUUGAACAUGGAGCUAACAUCCGGGCCCAGGACUCUCUGGGAAACACAGUGUUGCACAUCCUCGUCUUCCAGCCCAACAAGACCUUUGCCUGCCAGAUGUACAACCUGCUGCUGUCCUAUGACGGGCGUGGGGACCACCUGCAGUCCCUGGACCUUGUGCCCAAUCACCAGGGUCUCACCCCCUUCAAGCUGGCUGGAGUGGAGGGCAACACUGUGAUGUUCCAACAUCUGAUGCAGAAGCGGAAGCACAUCCAGUGGACCUACGGCCCACUGACCUCCACUCUCUAUGACCUCACGGAGAUCGAUUCCUGGGGAGAGAAGGUGCCCUUUCUGGAACUUGUGGUCUCCUCUAAGAAGCGGGAGGCUCGCCAGAUCCUGGAACAGACCCCAGUGAAGCAGCUGGUGAGCUUCAAGUGGAGGAAAUAUGGGAGGCCCUACUUCUGCAUUCUGGGUGCCCUGUAUGUGCUCUACAUGAGCUGCUUCACCCUGUGCUGUGUCUACCGCCCCCUCAAGUUUCGUAGCGGCAAUCACACAGAUUCCCGAGAUAUCACCCUUCUGGAACAGAAGCUGCUACAGGAGGCCUAUGUAACUGAACAGGAUAAAAUUCGGCUGGUGGGGGAGCUGGUGACCGUCGUCGGGGCUCUGAUCAUGCUGAUCCUAGAGAUCCCAGACAUCUUCAGGGUUGGUGCUUCUCGCUAUUUUGGACAGACUGUCCUUGGUGGGCCAUUCCAUGUCAUCAUCAUCACCUCUGCCUCCCUAGUGCUGGUGGCCAUGGUGAUGAGGCUCUCCAACACCAGAGGGGAGGUGGUGCCCAUGUCCCUUGGUCUGGUACUGGGCUGGUGCAGCGUUAUAUACUUUGCCCGAGGAUUCCAGAUGCUGGGUCCCUUCAGCAUCAUGAUUCAGAAGAUGAUUUUUGGAGACUUAUUGCGUUUCUGCUGGCUUAUGGCUGUGGUUAUUCUGGGAUUUGCUUCAGCGUUCUUUAUCAUUUUCCAGACAGAGGACCCAAGCAAGCUAGGGGAAUUCUAUGACUACCCCACAUCACUGUUCACGACCUUUGAGCUUUUCCUCACCCUCAUUGAUGGCCCUGCCAACUAUGACGUGGACUUGCCUUUCAUGUACAACAUCACCUAUGCGGCCUUUGCCAUUAUCGCCACACUGCUUAUGCUCAACCUGUUCAUAGCCAUGAUGGGUGAUACUCACUGGCGAGUGGCUCAAGAACGGGAUGAGCUCUGGAGGGCUCAGAUUGUGGCCACCACCGUGAUGCUGGAGAGAAAAAUGCCUCGCUUUCUGUGGCCUCGCUCUGGGAUCUGUGGGUACAAGUAUGGGCUAGGGGACCGCUGGUUCCUGCGAAUCGAGAGCCUCCAUGAUCAAAAUCCUUUGCGAGUGCUUCGCUAUGUGGAAGCUUUCAAGUCUUCAGACAGGGAGGAUGGACAUCUUUCUGAAAAACAACCCUCUAUGGUUGAAAAUGGGACUCGAGCCAGAGGCUCUCUGACCCUCCCAACACCCUCCCUAUCCAGGACCACAUCCCGCAGCAGCAGUCACCGGGGUUGGGAGAUCCUUCGUCGCAACACUCUGGGACAUUUGAAUCUUGGACUGGAGCUUGGUGAGGGGGAUGGAGAGGAAAAUAUUUACCUAUGA